GUUUUCUUUCUACGCUUCUCUGCCCUCCGGAAUAAAGCCUAUUUUUCUCUCUGCGAGGGAUAGAGAGUCACACAGAGAGAGAGAGAGAGAGAGAGAGAGAGAGAGAGGAGUGAAGUUCUAUUAUUACGUUGAAAGGACCAACGCAUUUCUUGCUUCGAUUCCUUCUCUCCUCCUCCAUCGAAACCAUAUCGUCUGGGUUGUGUUGGUGGGUUCCUGUGCAAUGGCUGCUACCGCAACUGCUUCCUCAGCUGGUCCACGAUAUGCACCAGAGGACCCUACUCUCCCCAAACCUUGGAGAGGUUUAGUUGAUGGCAAAACUGGGUACCUUUAUUUUUGGAAUCCUGAGACUAAUGUCACUCAGUAUGAGAGGCCUACUGUCUCAGCUCAUCCAUCAAAGUCUUCUUCAGUGCCCAUAAGUUCAUCAGUUCAAGUUCAGCAAUCUUCUCGCUAUGGAUAUGGCCCUGUUAAAGAAGAUGAUAGGUAUGGCAGAGGCAAUAAUGCUGGAUCAAAAUUUGAUGCUGGAGCAAAGAGUGGCCAGGUUGCAAGAGGUGGAGCAGUUCAAUCUCAAAAUGUUCCAGGUGGAACAAGGAAUGGACCUUCUGGAUCUUCUGCUAGAGGACAUGGUUCUUCAGCUGGAGGGAGCAUUCUUUCUGCAGAGGCUUAUCGUCGUCGGCAUGAAAUUACUGUUACUGGAGAUGAAGUGCCUCCGCCUCUUACAUCAUUUGAAGAUACCGGUUUUCCUUCUGAGAUUCUGAGAGAGGUACACAAUGCAGGGUUCUCUGCCCCAACUCCAAUUCAGGCACAAUCAUGGCCAAUUGCUUUACAGAGCAGAGAUAUAGUUGCCAUUGCUAAGACAGGUUCGGGUAAGACUUUAGGUUACUUGAUUCCUGGGUUUAUGCAUCUCAGGCGCUGCCGUAAUGAUGCACAACUGGGUCCAACUGUGCUGGUAUUGUCACCAACAAGAGAGUUGGCAACACAAAUACAGGAUGAAGCUGUGAAGUUUGGAAAGUCAUCAAGAAUUUCUUGCACGUGCUUGUAUGGAGGAGCACCAAAGGGUCCCCAGUUGAAAGAACUAGACAGAGGUGCAGAUAUUGUGGUUGCCACUCCUGGCCGCUUGAAUGACAUUCUUGAGAUGAGGAGAAUUAGCCUCAGCCAAGUUUCUUACCUUGUACUAGAUGAAGCCGAUCGCAUGUUGGACAUGGGUUUUGAACCCCAGAUAAGAAAGAUUGUAAAAGAGGUGCCUGCUCGUCGCCAGACUCUCAUGUACACUGCAACUUGGCCAAAGGAAGUUCGGAAAAUUGCAGCAGAUCUACUGGUCAAUCCUGUUCAAGUUAAUAUUGGCAACGUGGAUGAGCUUGUGGCUAACAAAUCAAUCACACAGUAUAUUGAAGUGUUGGCACCCAUGGAGAAACACAGAAGGUUGGAACAGAUAUUACGGUCUCAAGAACCUGGAUCAAAGAUUAUUAUUUUUUGUUCAACAAAAAAGAUGUGUGAUCAACUUGCACGCAAUCUUACCCGCCAGUUUGGAGCUGCUGCUAUCCAUGGAGACAAAUCUCAGGGUGAGAGGGAUUAUGUUCUGAAUCAGUUUCGCACGGGGAGGUCUCCAGUGCUAGUAGCCACUGAUGUUGCUGCUCGAGGACUGGACAUUAAAGACAUCAGGGUGGUCAUCAAUUAUGAUUUCCCUACUGGAGUGGAGGAUUAUGUUCAUAGAAUUGGGAGGACUGGGAGGGCUGGUGCUACUGGAGUUGCUUACACAUUCUUUGGUGACCAGGAUUCUAAGUAUGCUUCAGAUCUCAUCAAAGUCUUGGAAGGGGCAAACCAGCGGGUCCCUUCAGAAAUUCGUGAUAUGGCUUCUCGUGGUGGUGGAAUGGGCAGGCCUAGGCGUUGGGGUUCUGGUCCUAGUGGACGUGAUGGGGGCCGUGGUGGACGAAGUGACUUUGGUUACGGGGGAAGGGAAGGGGGAAGAGGUAGUUGGGGAUUGUCUAGUUCCUCUUCCAGCAGGCCAGAAAAAGGAGGUGGCCGUGGAUAUGAUUAUGAAUCACGAGACAGGUAUGAACGAGGAUACAGUGAUAGCUAUGAUAGAGGCCGUAGUCGCAGUCGAAGCCCUGAUAGGGGAUCAAGUUGGGUUGACCGCAGUAAGAGUUGGAAUCGUGAUCGCAGUCAGAGUCGAAGCCCUGACAGGGUUCCACUCACACGUGAACGGUCUCCAGUCCGCAGUUUUCACCAGGCAAUGAUGGAAACCUCACCAGCUCAAAACCAACGAGAGAGGUCAAGAUCCCCUUAUGGUGGUGGCAGCAAUUCUCACAAGGUAUCUACUCGUGAACAUUCUCCAGUCCGCAGUUUUCACCAGGCAAUUAUAGAAAGAGCUCGAGCAACCUCACCAGUACAAAACCAGCGGGAGAGGUCAAGAUCCCCAUAUGGUGGCGGCAACAAUUCUCACAAGGUGUCCACUCGUGAGUGGUCUCCAGGCCGCAGUUUUCACCAGGCUAUGAUGGAAAGAGGUCGGGCAAUGACGGAAAAAGGCCGGUCGUCGUCAUUUGGUGCUCAGCAGGAUCAAGGAAGAUCUCCUGGAAGUAGACACGAGGGGAGAGGAUAUAAUAAUGUGUCUCAAUCUCGUUUCGGGGAGGAAGAAGAGGAAGGCAUGAUUCCUGCUGAUGAAGAUGGCAUGAUACCACCAGAUGAUGAAGGAAUGUAUCGAGGGGCAGAUGGAAACUCCCAUCGUUCAUAGAUCAUACCUUAUUGAUGGUUUGACAUGUCUCAGGUGCCAUCUUCAUUUUUGUUUUUUUUUUUGUUUUGGGGAAGUAUGGUUAAGUGUUAACAGGGGAAUGGAGGUGUUGAGUAGUAACUAGUUGAUUUUUGGUGAUACUCCUCUUAGUUUGAAGGGGUAAAAGAACCUAGGGAGGUGCAUCCUUUUGUCACUAAUUCCGUUUGUUUUUGGGGAAAAAUAUGGAAGUGUAUGUAUCACAAGGAUGAAAUGUGGUAUAAAGAUGAUGGAUGCUUAUAUUAUGAUAAUGUUUGUCGUGUUACCUUUUUUCACUUGGCAUGUGGAUAUAGAAAUCCUCUAUGCGUUGUGGAAUUGUUAAUAUAAUUCAUUUUUUAAUGAGAUAUCAGAAGUAACUCCAUUAGACUC